AUGAAGAAUAAAAAAAAUCCAAGUGUUAAUGAUUUGUGGAAUAAUUCAUCAGCAAGUGGACAAAAUGAAGAGGAAGUUGAUGAUGAGGAAUUAGAUGCAAUUAAUGAUGAAUUGGAUCAGUUAAAUAAUGCUUUAGAUCAAUUAGAUCAAAAAAAUGAUAACAUUCGUGCUCAGCUCAUUCAACUUUUAGAAAGUUACAGGCAAACGAGAAAUCAAUUUCAAGAAUUACAAAAUCAGGAUAAUGAUAAUGAUACAGAAAGUUUAUUGGUAGAUAAAAUAGAGCGGGAAAAUUAUUUAUUAUGGGCUUUAACGCCUCUUUUAAUAACUUUGCUCUUACCUUUCACUAUAGUAGUUAUUUUAUAUUUAGAUGCUCUUAUUCUGCAAGUUUAUAAAUUACAUUGGGGAAAUAUUGUUCAUGCAUAUGAAAAUGGUUUUCAAAAUGGGGCACUUAAAACUGUUGCUGCCAUUUGGCAUGCUCAUGCAAGAUUGUGGCAUGGUUAUGAGGUGGUAGGAUUGGAAAAUCUACCUGAUAAAGGUGGAGCUUUGGUAGUUUAUUAUCAUGGUGCCAUACCUAUUGACCUUUAUUAUUUUAUGUCUUAUGUUUUUUUAAACAAAAACAGAUUAGUGUAUACAGUUGCUGAUAAAUUUUUAUUUAAAGUUCCAGGUUUUUCAGUGAUAGCAGAAAAUUUAAAAGUUAUACCUGGAACUGUACAAGAAUGUUCAACAAUAUUAAAAGGUGAUAAUAUAUUAGCUAUUGCUCCGGGUGGAGUUUACGAAGCUCAAUUUGGUGAUUCUUAUUAUCAUUUAAUGUGGAAAAAUCGUUUGGGAUUUGCCAAAGCAGCUAUUGAAGCUAAAAAGCCGAUUAUUCCGAUGUUUACGCAAAAUAUAAGAGAAGCAUUUGUUAGCGUUACGAUAGGUAGAAAAUUUUGGUUAAAACUUUAUUCAUGGACCAGGUAUCCUCUGGCUCCGAUAUUAGGGGGUUUCCCUGUUAAAUUAAGGACAUACAUUGGAAAACCCAUUUGGCCCGACUUGGCGACACCCGAUCAACUCAGAAUGAAGGUUGCGGAGUCUUUAAAUGCAUUGAUAGCUGAACAUCAAAGAAUUCCAGGAAGUAUUACACGGGCGUUAAUUGAUAGAAUAUACAUUCCUAAAUCGAAAACAACUUGA